UCCGUAUCAACACAGGCUAGAACCCUCGAGCUUCUGUAUAUUUGUAACUCCAUCCGAUCGAGCUCGCAAGAAUGGCAGAGAAGAAGCAGAGUAUCUCAACGCGCAUGCGAAUGCCAUAUCUCAACGAGGUAUUAUCGAGACGGACACGACCACCUCUUGAUCUUUGGUGCUUUUAUGUCUUUUUGGAUCGAUUGGGAAAUGGAGAGCAAGACUUGUUGGACUUUUGGCUAGACGUACACCAGCACAAAGCUUUGUGCCGAGCAUAUUUCAAAGACCUUCAUCGUACCGGUACGGCGGUCGAGCAGGAAUGGCCGGACUUUUACAACUGGGCUCGUCAACACGGCUCGCACUAUGCCGACGUUGCCGGUCUGCAGGGAGAGCCUCAGUUCAGUCACAACGAGACGCAGCUCCGGGAGGCUGAGAAGCGCGAGGCGGACAGGAUGUUGGAAGAUCGUGAUUCGGGGCUUGGUAGCAACCUGUCGCACCGAGAACGGAGGGACACCGAAUCACACGGCCCUAGACCCAUGACUCCCACUUCUCCUGGAUAUGCCCACUCUACCUCGAUUGAUAAUCGGAUGGGACAAGCUACAGGUUCCCCCUUCUCUGCUUAUCAGCAGGACCAAGCUCGUAACAGGGGAGGUGAAGAGGGGAGUGAUCAAGGAGGAGCCAGGCGGGUCAGUGCGGGACCGACCGUCAUCCGGAAGAACCAGGUCGUCACCCAGAUGGUCCUGUUUACGAGCGCCGAACGGAUCUUUGCGAGGUAUCUGAUGGAUAAUGCCGAGAAGCCGGUGUACUUCCCUGCCCACCUCCGCGUGCACGACUUUCCCAACCCUCCACGUGACCAGCACGCUUGCGACCCUAGAAUUCCGGACUACUUUAACGCUCAACAAGAUUACGUCUAUAAGGAGCUGGAGCAACAGUACUAUCCCGCUUUCCUGCGAGAAAAGGGAUUCGGAAACUUGACCCGACCGGGCGUCUAUGGAUCUCUGAUCGCCGGGCUUUUCUGCUUGUGGGCCGGGUUUGUAGUAGCAUUCACUCUGGUAUUCUACGACUACAAGCCGAAAGUCAGGCGGUUAGGCCUCAUCGUACCCUUCUUCUUCGCCUUCUACUUCCUCUUCUCUGCCUACUGGGCCCUUGCGCCGCACCUCGUCCUCUUGAGACGUUCCGAGGUCGGCUUCUUCAAGACGGUCAAGAUCCGAGACAAUUACAUUCUUCGUCUCCAUGCGGGCAGGGCUGCCAUCCUGAUGGCGUUCGUGAUUGUCUGUACGGCGAUCAUGACUGUCAUCUGGUGGGCCGUCCCCGGUCAUCGGCUGUGAUAGUUUGACCGAUUCCUAGAUAGAUAUUUUUCUUCGGCCUGGACGGGCGGGGACCGUUUCGUGUAGUGCUUUUACGACCUUUUUAUGACUUUUGGAUUGAUCAUACCGCUUGUG